GAGAGACGCUAGACUGACCUUGACAGUGUCCACCUAAUAGCCAGGACCGAAGAGGGUUAUCAGCCUGUGUGAAGAAUUAAAAUUAUGAUUUACAGUUGAUGAUUAAGCCCAACUAUGUAAUUUACUGUACAUUAAGGGAUUAAAUUGGAUUUAAAUAGUAUGCCUAUUAAACGAUCAUCUGGACGUUUAGGACCUAUUGGUGGUGGUGUUAAUAACAAUACACGAAGAGCAUGUGAGCAGAUGGUGUCCUCAGUACCAUUAGUGAAGCACUCUACAUUUCCUGUUGUGCCAAAAUUAUCCCGUAUAUCAUUUCUUUCUCUCAGUCUAAUGCUGUGCUUAACAUCUACACUAACUCAGCACAUGUAUCUGUAUAGAACUGUGUGGUGGUUACCGAAUUCGUCAAUCGAAUACCCUGUAGAAUUUGGCUCAGUCGACUAUUAUGUUACGGCCCAUAUCAUCUUUAUGCUGUGUACUCCGUAUGUCUAUUUAAUAGUGCUUAAGCUUCUUCCUUCAUUUAUAAUGACAUCACUGAUAAUGCGCUCAGUCCUGGGUUUACUCAUUUUUACUUCCUGGGGCUACAUCAUGAUCUGGAUUUUAAAUCGGAUAGAAUAUUCCGGGACCACAAUCUUGUAUCACCUAUCCGGAAUAUUGUUGCUGGCGUAUUUUCCCAUACUGACUCUCUUAGUUUACCAUUCUCGUUAUUUGGAGAAAAUCGUUUGUCAAGACAGUCGUCAUCAUCAGCCAAAUGGUACUGAUAGUACUGAUAAUAAUUAUUGGGGCGACAGUAGUUCAAGAGUUGUAUAUCGACCGUCUGUUUUCAGGUUAAGAAAUUGUCUACAGCUGUUUACAUCAUCCUGUUGGCGAUGUCUCACAAUCAUUACGGAUUGGCCAUGUUUACCUUCUGAGAACAUGUUUUUUCCAACGCCAUAUACAUUUGUUCCUUCAAGACAACUCCAUGCAUCAACUGAUCAUCCAUCAUUUCAAACCAUCUACUAUACAAGUGACGUAGAUUCAAACAAUUAUUUAAUGAAUCAUCAGUGUUUAGGUGCAACACCUGAACAAAUACGUGAAGAAGUUGAACUGUAUAGACGUGAUUUUAAUGCAAGGUUAAUGGAUAUUUUAAUUGGUACCUUACAUGCAGUUUAUUAUGGAUGCUUUCUACCAAUGAUAUUUGUCCAGAAUGAACACUUAUAUAUUGAUUAUUGGUGGUGCAUUCAGCAUUGUUUCUUGACUGGCUUAGUAGUCUUUCUGUUACGUUGGCAUUAUUUUCUACCAUGUGAUUACAUCGAUUUGCUGCAUCGAAUUUCUAUGCAUCUGGGUAGUUGGGAGAAUUCGCUCACACGAAGUGGAUAUAUAAACACUAUAUCAUGGUCAGCGUCUACCAUUUAUCCGCAUGGGGUUGCAGUUAAACAUAUGCACGGUCUAUUUCGAUCUGUUGGAAUUAAUAACUGUGCUGAACCUGGCAAUCGACUUCAUUCACGAUUUUAUUUUCUAUUCAAUAAUCCGAAAUAUAUAAGUAGUAUAUUAAUGUGUCUUUUAUUAUUUAGUAUUAUGUAUCAAUGUAUUUGUUCAUAUUGGAUAUAUGAAUGGUAUAAAUUAAUUGGUUUAAUUAUAGAUGCAUUAUUUUGUUUUCUUAAUUUAUAUUUACAUUUACGUAAUUUAAUUUUAAUACAUUUUGUUUAUUCAUCAUCAAAAGAGAAAUUAUGUAAUAUGACAAAUUAUUUAAGUCAUUCAUUAAUUCAUUUCUUUAUUACUACUACUACUACGGCUACUACUACUACUACUACUACUACUACUACUUCUUCUUCUUCUUCUUAUAAUAAUAAUAAUAAUUCAUUUACAAAUUCUAUGAUUAAUUAACUUUCUUAUUUGUUCUUCUUCUUCUUCUUCUUCUUCUUCUUCUUCUUCUUCUUCUUCUUCUUCUUCUCAUAUCAAUCUAUAUUUAAUUCAUAAUUAUGAUACUUUUAUUUUAUUUUGACAAUCAUGAAUUAUUUUUUGUAUUUCUUAGUGGAUCAAUAUCUUCCCCUCAUUGUUUACUCUCAAGGUGUAUAUUCCUUGUAUAAAUCUAUGAGAAUAUUAUAUUCUGGUUACUACAUGGUUACUACAUCUUAUACUUGUGCUUUUUUAUAUAUUUUUUUGUUAAUAAAAUAAUAAAUAAAUAUGGUUUUACUACAAUGAAUACUUUUGUAAUACUUAAUUAUUUACUCCUAUUACUCUCAAUGAAGUAUCCGCCAACUGACCAACAUUCUUCAACCCACUCUGUCUUGAGCAUUCUUUUCUACUUCUAUCCAAUUGUUGUUCAUUCUUCUCAUAUCUGUCUCCAUUUCUCGGUGUUAUGUGUUUUUUUAGUCUUCCUCUCCUUCUUUGGCCCUGAGGAUUCCAGGUAAAGGAUUGCCUUGUGACGCAGUUGGAUGCUUUCCUUAAUAUGUGACCUACCCAUUUCCACGCUUCUUCCUCCGUUGGGAUCUGGUUUGUUCUUUCCCACAGUAGCUUGUUGCUGAUAGUGUCUGGCCAAUGGAUCUGAAGUAUUUGUGUAGAUACCUGUUAAUAAACACUUGUAAUAAAUAAAUAAACAAGAAUAUGAAAGGAUGGUGCUGAUAGCGAAUAGGCUAUUUAAUUUAUCUUAGUUUCUGAUGAAGAUUACGAUCAACAUCCUUUAAAGCUCUACAUCACAUUUGAAAACAAUCUCAGAACCUUCGAUGAUAUACGCCUUAAUUAUAUCAGCAAAAUGUUUCUUCUGUUGUAUUUUUUCUUGCCCUAAAUACAUAAACAGUCAUUAUGAUGACUGGUUUUUACUUUCAUAAAUUCAAAUAAGUAUAAACAAUUUCA